AGAAGAAAACAUAAGAUAUGGCAAUGUUCACGUACCACGUUGAAACGGUUCAAUCAUGGUUGGCACUGAGCAGACUUCACAUACUGAUCCACUUAGUGGCAGUGUUGUCGCUGUGUUACUACCGCAUAACUCACUUGUUACUGGAACCUCCAACAGCGCCAUGGCUUCUGAUGACCGUAGCGGAGCUUCUUCUCUCGGUGCUCUGGUUCUUCAACCAAGCCUUCCGGUGGCGGCCGGUGUCGCGGAGCGUCAUGACGGAGAAGCUGCCGAGGGAUGAGAAGCUGCCGGGGCUUGACAUCUUCGUGUGCACGCUGGAUCCCGAGAAGGAGCCCACCGUGGAGGUCAUGGACACCAUCAUCUCCGCGGUGGCCAUGGAUUACCCCUCCGACAAGCUUGCCGUGUAUCUCUCCGACGACGGCGGCUGUGACGUUACUCUCUAUGGGAUCAGAGAGGCUGCUGAGUUCGCCAAGGAGUGGGUUCCGUUCUGUAACAUUUAUGGGGUCAAGUCAAGGUGUCCCAAGGUCUUCUUCUCUCCCUUUGGGGAGGAGGAUCAACACACUCUUCGCCACGAUGGAUUCAGUACACAACGAGACCUCAUCAAGGCUAAAUACGAGAAGAUGCAGAAAAAUAUCGAGAAAUUUGGCUCAGACCCUAAAAAUCGUCGUAUUGUGAGUGACAGACCUCCUCGUAUUGAGAUUAUAAAUGACCAACCGGGAAUGCCACUUGUUGUUUAUGUGUCUCGCGAAAGAAGGCCAUCCCUUCCUCACAAAUUCAAAGGAGGAGCCCUCAACGCAUUGCUCAGAGUCUCAGGUUUAAUCAGUAAUGGACCUUAUGUUCUAGCAGUGGAUUGUGAUAUGUAUAGCAAUGAUCCAACCUCUGCCAAACAAGCCAUGUGCUUCUUUCUUGAUCCUGAAACGUCCAAAUAUAUUGCAUUUGUUCAAUUCCCUCAAAUGUUUCACAACCUUAGCAAAAAAGACAUCUAUGAUAAUCAAUCUAGAACUGCUUUUAAGACUAUGUGGCAAGGCAUGGAUGGACUAAGAGGUCCAGGUCUUUCAGGCAGCGGCAAUUACUUAAGUAGAAGUGCUUUACUAUUUGGAAGUCCAAACCAAAAAGACGACUAUCUGAAGGAUGCACAAAAGUACUUUGGCAAGUCUACCGCAUACAUUGAAUCACUGAAGGCCAUCCGUGGACAGAAAAGUAGCAAAAAGAAUAUUUCAAGAGAUGAAAUGUUAAGAGAAGCUCAAGUAGUGGCCUCUUGUUCCUACGAAAAUAACACAAAUUGGGGCACAGAGGUGGGAUUCUCAUAUGGCAUAUUACUAGAGAGUACUAUUACUGGCUAUCUUCUUCACAGCAGAGGAUGGAAAUCAGCAUAUCUUUACCCCAAAACACCAUGUUUCUUAGGUUGUGCUCCCACUGACAUCAAGGAAGGCAUGCUUCAGUUGGUUAAGUGGUUGUCUGAACUUUUGUUGCUUGGUGUCUCCUCCAAAUACAGCCCAUUCACUUAUGGAUUUUCAAGAAUGUCCAUAAUUCACACCUUCACUUAUUGCUUCAUGACAAUGUCAUCCCUUUAUGCUGUUGUCUUCAUCCUCUAUGGCAUUGUACCUCAAGUGUGCCUCCUCAAAGGAAUCACUGUGUUUCCAAAGGCCACGGACCCUUGGUUUGCAGUGUUUGCAUUUGUGUAUGUAUCUACUCAAAUUCAACAUUUGAUUGAGGUUCUAUCUGGGGAUGGCUCUGUGGCUAUGUGGUGGGAUGAACAAAGAAUUUGGAUUCUGAAGUCAGUUACCAGCAUAUUUGCAAUUAUAGAUGGAAUCAAGAAGUGGCUGGGGUUGAACAAGGUGAAAUUCAACUUGUCAAACAAAGCCAUUGACAAAGAGAAGCUCAAGAAAUAUGAGCAAGGUAGGUUCGAUUUCCAAGGUGCAGCUGUGUUCAUGGCUCCAUUGGUCCUAUUACUCAUAGCCAACAUUGUUAGCUUCUUUGUUGGUAUAUGGAGACUAUUCAAUUUCAAUGUGAAGGAUUUUGAAGAAAUGUUUGGUCAACUUUUCCUAGUCACCUAUGUAAUGCUUCUUAGUUAUCCCAUUCUUGAGGCCAUAGUAACAAUGAAAAGCAAAAGUGGAUAGUGAAAUUUGGUCAUAAAUAAUCAGGCUCAUUCAAGAGUCUAAAUUGCUUUUUAAUCUUGAGAUGGAAAUGCUUAAUGCCAUCUUGUUCGCUCUGUUUAGAUUAAUCUAAUAGUUUCCUUGCACACAAUGAAGUCUCUCCUCUUGAU